UAUUCCGAUGACCGAUGGUCACACUUUUAGGCGCGAAUUUUUCCGCAUAAAAUAAUUUCUCGCACUUCAAGCAGUAAACAGUGGCUAAUUAAGUAAACAAGAUGAAGUGCAAGAUACCCGAAAUCUCCUGGCACAACCGCGAUCCCGUGCUAAGCGUGGAUAUUCAGCUGAACGGUCAGGGAUUGCGAUCGCCGGCGAUUUGUCGCCUUGCGUCCGGGGGAACAGAUGCUCAUGUCCUCAUUUGGUAUGUGAAUCGCUGCGAUAACGCCGAGGGCUUGGAUUUGGAACUGGCCGCCGAACUGUCUCGGCAUCAGCGUGCCGUCAACACGGUCCGCUGGUCACCCAAUGGGGAACUCCUGGCCUCCGGCGAUGAUGAGAGUGUGGUCUUUAUCUGGAAACAGAAGGCCGACCACGAAGUUAUCAACAUAGUGGACGCCGAUGGCUGCAGCGAACAGGACAAGGAGGUCUGGAUGACACUGAAGGUUCUGCGCGGCCAUCGCGAGGAUAUCUACGACCUCAGCUGGGCGCCCAACUCACUGUUCCUGGUCACCGGAUCUGUGGACAACACAGCGAUGCUGUGGGACGUGCACAAGGGCAAGUCGCUGGCUAUUCUCGAUGACCACAAGGGAUAUGUCCAGGGCGUGGCCUGGGAUCCCUGCAAUCAGUACAUCGCAACAAUGAGUACCGACAGGCAAAUGCGCAUAUUUGAUGUAAAUACUAAGAGAGUGCUGCACCGUGUGAGCAAGUGUGGAUUUCCAGUGAAAGAGGGUCACGAGAUGCACGGCAAAAGCAUUCGUUUGUACCAUGAUGGCACAUUACAGACCUUUUUCCGUCGUUUGUGCUUCACUCCCGACGGCAAGCUGCUUCUUACACCGGCGGGAAUCACCGACUACGACGGCGUGGUAAAGCCUAUUAACACAACAUACGGAUUCAGUCGCUAUGAUUUAUCAAAGCCCGCCUUUGUGCUGCCCUUUCCUAACGAGUACGCGGUGGCGGUGCGCUGCUCUCCGGUUCUGUAUCGUCUGAGACAGUACAAUGCGGAGAAGAAUCCGCCUAUCAUCUCGUUGCCGUACCGCAUGAUCUAUGCCGUGGCCACAAAGAACGCGGUGUUUUUCUACGAUACCCAGCAGUCGGUGCCGUUUGCAAUUGUCUCGAACAUCCACUACAGCAGGCUCACGGAUCUGACCUGGUCCAGUGACGGCACUGUUCUGAUCGUGUCCAGUACCGAUGGCUUCUGCUCGCUGCUGACCUUCGAGCCGAAUGAGCUUGGUGAGCGGUACGAGGACAUGGAAGCAGUGCUGAGCGCUGCCCUUAAAUCGUCAGAGAAUGUGCCGCUGCCGAAGAAAAAGAAGCACAAGCUCCGCAAGGCAUCGUCCGAUGAGGUGGCACCCACUCGGAAACCACUGCAGGAGAAGACCAAACCGAAUACUAAUAGGAAGGCUGCUGGAUCAGGGAUAAAAGAGGAAGGGGAGAUUGAUAUGGAUGCUGAAAACGAUUCUUCCAUGCACAGUGCUAGUUCAUCCAGCUCAAACAGUCCCAAAACAAAAGGCAAGGACGAUGUAAAGCCCACACCCAUUGCCUUCCGGCGUUCGCCCCGUAAAGUUACGGUCGCACCCACGCCAAUUGCUAUACGCAGAUCUCCGCGUAAGCCGGAAGAUGGGAAGGGGAUCAAAUUAUGCAAGCCCACAGAUGAUGCUAAAGCCCCCGCUCCACAAGCAUUGAUUUCUCGCUCGCCAAAAAAAGUAGAGAGCACAGAGGUCACGGCAGCAACUGCGUCCGUAAAACGCAAGAUCAGUACUGAGGCAGUGCCUCCAACAGAGACAUCACAAUCGGCAAUCCCGGUUAUCGACAAGGAGAUCAUAAGUUCCGAUGAAAAGUUCGAGUCGCCCGAAAAGAAGUCCCGGCCCGCUACGCCCAUACAAGUGCGUCGCCAGCCCCGAACUCCCGGCAGCUCAAGCCACUUCAACCUGACGCCGAAGAGCCAGCCCGCCAAGCAAGCCACUCCUAUAGCUGUGAGGCGAACUCCCCGCGUACUUGUCGAAAUGCCCGUCAACUCGCCUGUGGGGCCUAUGGAGGAGGCCAUGGAUGCCUGGCCCCUCGAGGAGGGCAUUGCACCUCUGCCAACGGAGAAAAAGGAUUCCCAAGAGCCUUUGCCGGAGCCCAAGAAGACGGAAUUAAAUCAGUCUGUGGUAAUCGAAGCCAGCGAAGUCACCUGCGAGCGAACCGAGGACAUGCGUCUCGUCUACGAGGACACACAGGAGGAGGCAACUGUAACCCCAUUGAAGGUGUUGGAAUCGGCACCUUCCACGCCCAACAACAAAACUCCCCGGCGAGUGUCCCUGCGAACCAUCUCGACUCCCAAAUCGAAAAAAAAACUUUUAGAGUAGAAAAUGCAAUAGACUAGUCAUAACAAAUUUUAAUUAGAGGAAUUCCUGAAACUAAUUAUGAUUAUGUAGCAUAUUGGGGUUACCCCAUGAAUUUUGUUUAAAAAAAAUAAUCACCAGAUUCCCUUUAUAAACUAUUACAAAAUAAAAUACCAGAAAAGGUUAAAAGGAA